AUGAGAAAGUCAAAUAGACUAGCAAAGAGACGCAAGAAAGAUGGAAACAGCCAAAACCUACCCUCAACGCCUAUGGGGCCUUCGACAGACGCCCAGCAAGGCGGCUCGGCACCUGUGGAGUCGUCACGAGGAUCUAGAAUGGAUAGAUGGCUCGCUCGAGCAUCCCUAAUGCUCAGUGUGACCAAAAGUAUUGCAGACGCUGUUGAGUUUGCGCCGCUCAAAGGCGCCUGCGAGGCCGUGGUUACCCUCCUCGAUUCGAUCCAGGCUGUGAAAUCCAACGAAUACGCCUGGUCCGAGCUGUUGAGGACUGUCCAAGAGCAUACAACGACGUUUCGACGGCAGUUGGCGCAACUAGGUAUCAAUGACAUUCUUGAAGAGUACGAAGAUUCUAUAAAAGGUCCAAUUAGUGACUACUUUGACAUUCUCAAAGAGCUGAUUGCCAGCAUUUGCAUCGAUUCGGGCCUCGAAGAGUCCGAAUUUGACAAAGGCCUUACUUUCAAGCGAUUGGCUCAGCAGAUAGCUACCACAAAGCUAGAGGCUGGCGUUAUUGCAGGCUACGAGAAACGCUUGAAAGACGCAGAAUCGAGAAUAAUGGGUUCUCUCAUUGUCUAUGUCACCAUAUCUGUCAACGCAUCGGCAGAUGCAGACGUAUUGAGCCAACUCAAAUGCAAAGAGUACACACGUCCGCGAGAAUGUCAAGUAGGGACACGUACGGAGAUACUCGAGCAAUGUACAUCUUGGGUCUGCAGCCCCAAUGCACCGAACAUCUUGUGGAUCAAAGCCGCACCGGGAGCGGGAAAAUCAGCCAUCGCGUCUAGUCUAGUCCGCCUUCUCGGAAUCCACAAACAGCGCCUUGGAUCAAGCUUCUUCUUUCGUCGUCAGGAAAGCACUGUCACAACGACGAGAGCGUUAUGGCGGAACGUCGCGCAUGAUCUUGCGAGGCACCCUACCAUCCGAAAGCACCUGGCUGCAAAGAUCAAGAAAGGCCAUAUUGACUUGACGACCCCGAACAUCGGCGAAUUCUUUCAUCAGUUGAUCGAAGAGCCAUUAUUGAGGGUUGGCAGCAUUUCUAGCGACCAGUCACCUGUGAUUGUGGUCGACGCAUUGGAUGAGUGUGGAGGCCUGGAAGGUGCGAAUUCCGAGGAGCGUCGGGAUUUGAUCGAGACUCUGGCGCUAUGGUCUCAGCUUUCCCAUUGCAAGCUGAUUGUCACCAGUCGUGAGGAAGAUGACAUAGCGAGAAAUUUCGCUCUGAACCCUCCAUACACGAUCGACCUUCUCGUUGGAGACGAGACAGCCAUUCAAUCCACGCGAGACAUUCAGGCAUACCUGACGACCAUCAGGACGUUGGCGAUCAAGGCCAACGGAUUGUUCAUCUGGGCAUCGACGGUGGUGGAAUAUAUCCGCCGUGGUAAUCCAAAGAAGCUUUUAGAGGAAAUAGUACGAGGGGAGGGCACCGCCGGGAUGAAGGCACUCUACACUACUGUACUUCAUGCUGCCUUUCCAGACGCGCGAAGCGAUCUGUUACGGGAAGUGCGUACGAUCCUCGCUGCCAUCAUCGUCUCUUAUGAGCCGUUUCAUCUGCCGAUGCUUGCGGAACUCCUUGGGAUGGAUGAAUGGACGGUCGAGCAUGUGUGCAAUGCACUACGACCUGUGUUAGAAAUCGAGGGGACCCUUCGUUUUCGCCACCAGUCUUUUGUGGAUCAUCUUUUAGAUCCGGAUACAACAUAUUUGGCACCAUGCCUGACGACAAGCAACUGCCACCAAAUCCUCGCGGAUCGAUCCCUAUGCAUCAUGAAGGAAAAACUACAAUUCAACAUCUGUGGAAUUCCCUCAUCUCAUAUACUCAACGAAGACGUCUUAGAAUCAACUAUCGACGCGUGCAUUCCCUCCCAUUUAGUGUAUGCGUCGUCCUAUUGGGUAGAUCAUCUAGAACAUACACCGGCAAGUGAGGAGACCCUGUCUCUUGUUCGAUAUAUUCUCAAGGUUCAGUUUCUUGCCUGGCUCGAAGUCGCAAGUUUAUGCCACUUUGUGUACGACGUGCCACCUCUAAUAUUUGUACUAAAUAUAUGGCUGAAAGCUAACAACGGCGACGAUUUGAUACCACUUGCAACUGAUAUGCAGCAGUUUGUUGCUCAUUUCCUCGAUAUCAUAGCAGAGAGCGCUUCCCACAUUUACAUCUCUGCGCUACCACUCUCCCCACCAUCUUCAGCAGUUAGGAGGCUCUACGAAUCUCAGUAUCCAAAGACACUACUAGUCACGGCAGGAGGUUAUCAAAGGUGGUCCCCACUCCGUAACACUGUCAGCGGGCAUAAUAGUGGUGUAAGUACUGUGGCCUUUUCUCCGGAUGGCCAUUACGUUGUUUCUGGCUCUCAUGACGGAACUGUGCGCCGAUGGGAUGUAAAGACGGGCAUACAGAUAGAAACCCCGCUUGAAGGACACACCAGUUUCGUCAGUUCUGUCGCAUUCUCCCCAGGUGGUGAUCGAGUUGUUUCUGGCUCGGACGACAAGACUAUAAGAGUAUGGGACAUGAAGAUGGGUACACAGAUAGGAAUUCCAUUUGAAGGACAUGCCGACCGUGUCAAAUCGGUCGCAUUCUCGCCAGAUGGCCGCCAAAUUAUUUCUGGCUCCGGAGACAGGACAAUACGGUUGUGGGAUGCAGAUACGGGUGGCCAGAUCGGAUUACCGCUUCAAGGUCAUACUGACGCGGUCAAUUCGGUAGCAUUCUUUCCAGAUGGUCAUCGAAUCAUUUCUGGCUCAAAUGACAAAACGUUGCGGAUAUGGAAUGUAGAAACGGGUAUGCAGAUAGGAGAGCCGAUUGUAGGGCAUACCGACUACGUCCACUCGGUCGCGAUCUCGCCAGAUGGUCGCCGAAUUGCCUCUGGCUCAGAUGACAAGACCAUACAGAUAUGGGAUGCGAACACAGGGAUGCAGAUAGGAAUUCCGCUUGAAGGAUACGCCGGUGCCGUUCUCUCAGUCGGAUUCUCGCCAGAUGGUCACCGGAUCGUUUCUGGUUCAUUCAGCCAGAUGGUACAAGUUUGGGAUGUGGAAACAGGCAGGCAAAUAGGACAGCCGCUUGAAGGACACAGCGGUUGCAUCACCUCGGUUGCAUUCUCACCAGACGGUCGCCAAAUUGUUUCUGGUUCGGAUGAUGCCACACUGAAGCUAUGGUCAGUUGAGACAGAUAUACAAAUCGGAGGGCCACUUGAAGGCCAUACUAGUGGCGUCAGCUCCAUCGCAAUCUUGCCAAAUCAUUGCCAAAUUGUUUCUGGCUCGGACGACAAGACCGUGCGGAUCUGGGACAUGAACACGGGCAUGCAGAUAGGAAUUCCAUUUCAUGGACAUACCGGCGGUGUCAACUCGGUCGCAUGCUCGCCAGAUGGUUACUUGAUCGCUUCUGGCUCGGACGAUUGCACGGUGCGAAUAUGGAGUGUUGAUACGGGUAGAGGGAUAGGAACACCGCUUGAGGGACACACCGACCCAGUCAUCGCGGUUGCAUUCUCACCAGAUGGGCACCGAAUUGUGUCUGGCUCGGAUGACCAAACCGUGCGGAUAUGGGACGUGAAGAUGGGUACUCAGAUAGGAGUUGCAAUUGAAGGGCAUAUUGAACGCGUCACCUCAGUCGUUUUCUCGCCAGAUGGUUGCCGAAUUGUUUCCGGGUCACAGGACAAGACGGUACGAUUUUGGGACGCGGAAACGGGGACACGGAUAGGUGUGCCACUCGAAGGACACACUAAAAGGGUCAAAUCAGUCGCGUUCUCGCCAGACGGCCAUCGAAUCGUUUCUUGUUCAGAUGAUAAGACUCUGCGAUUUUGGGAUGUGAACGGGGGCAUACAAAUAGGAACUCCUCUUGAAGGACACGCCUUUGGUGUUACCUCGGUUGCAUUCUCGCCGGAUGGUCGUCGGAUUGUUUCUGGCUCGGAGGACGAUACAAUACGGCUUUGGGAUGUAGAGACAGGUUUACAGAUAGGAAUGCCACUACAAGGACAUAACGCCUCGGUCUGCUCGGUCACAUUCUCGCCAGAUGGUCACCAAAUCAUCUCUGGCUCGUCUGACCAGACAGUACGGCUAUGGAACGUAACUGACGAACACUUGACGGAUGUUGUCCCUAGUUGCUACUGUGGGAUUGACGAAGAUGGAUGGCUGUUUGGAUCCGAAGGAGAGAUACUUUUCUGGGUUCCGCCUCAUUGUCGUUCUGGCCUUGAACGACCAGGUGUUCGGAUCAUUGGCCCAUGUCACCGAAUGACGGUGGACACGUCUGCCUUUGUCCAUGGAGCGUACUGGACGCGUGUGAGAGAGGGUGGAAUGAUAAAGAAUAACCUUUAG